AUGUCCACUGAUAAAGAUUACAAAACAUUACCGGUUACUGUUGAAAAGCCCAUUCCAGUUACUUAUGAUUUAGGUAAUUUGGCCGUUUUUGACACCAAUGUGUUGGAUAAAGACGCCUUAGAUACUUCGAAUAUCAAUCGUGAAGAAAUAAUUAAAGAAUUAUCUCGUGACAAUGUUCAGUUACUUAUCAAUCAGUUACUAUCUCUACCGAUCAAAACUACUACAGACUCUGCAUCAUCCUCUAUGACUCUAUUACAAUUACCUGACCCAGUGACUGAAUUACCAAGAGAAAAACCCCUACCUAAGCCAAGACAACCAACUAAAUGGGAAAAAUUUGCAGCUAAGAAGGGUAUUAAAUCUAAAGUCAAAGAAGGUAAAAAAGUCUUUGAUGAAGCCACUGGUGAAUGGGUUAACAAAUGGGGAUACAAGGGUAUCAAUAAGAAACUUGAUGACCAAUGGUUAGUAGAAGUAGAUGAUGAUGUUAAGGGUACUGCGAAUGAACUUAUAGAUCCAAGAACUUUAAGUAGACAAGAAAGAAAGCGUUUAAUUAGAAAGAAUGAAAGACAGCAAAAGAAGAACCUAAGGAAUAAUAAAAUUUGA